AAAAACAAAACAAAAGAGUGAAUUUAUAUCAUUAGGAUGAAGAGAUCAUUUCUACUCUUGUUAACUAUUCUAACUAUAUUCAUCAUUCUGGGGCAAGGAGUUAUGGGAAAUGAUGAGCAAUUAAGAGGCAAUCGGUGUUUUCAAAUAAAAUUUAAAACUGGGAAAUGUGUUCCCAAAGAAUGUCAAACUGCAUGUCAGGAGAAGCUAAGAAAACCUAAGCUAAAAGGAGAGGGAUUUUGUAUGAAAGAAUGCACAUGCUGUUUUUAUACAUAAAACUCAAUAGUAAUUUAAUCAAAUAAGUCCUAUGAUAAUGUAAUAAAUAUUUGUAAGAGUUUUUGUUCUAAUGUUUUGGACUUAUAUGCUAAAAUAAGUGUUUUUAACAUUUAAAUGAGAUUUAUUUUAAGUUAUAAAUU